AGAAGAAGAAGCAGCCAGGCUGCAGGCAAACAGCAGCAUGUCUUACAGUGCGAAGAUCGGUCCGUCCAUCCUGAGCAGCGACCUGUCCUGUCUGGGCAGCGAGUGUGUGCGGAUGAUGGAGUGCGGAGCAGACUACCUGCACCUUGACGUUAUGGACGGGCAUUUUGUCCCCAACAUCACAUUUGGACAUCCCAUGGUAGAGUGCCUGAGGAAGUCAAUAGGCCAAGACCCUUUCUUUGACAUGCACAUGAUGGUGUCUCGGCCAGAGCAGUGGGUGAAGCCCAUGGCUGCAGCAGGAGCCAGCCAGUACACAUUCCACAUAGAGGCCACCACCAACCCUGGAAACCUCAUCAAGGAGAUAAAAGAGAGUGGCAUGAAGGUGGGUUUGGCCAUAAAGCCUGGCACUACUGUUGAAGAGCUAGCACCCUGGGCUAACCAGAUUGACAUGGCUCUGGUCAUGACUGUUGAACCUGGCUUUGGUGGACAGAAGUUCAUGGAUGACAUGAUGCCCAAGGUGAGCUGGUUGAGGAGUCAGUUCCCUUCAUUAGACAUUGAGGUAGAUGGAGGGGUCGGCCCUGACACCAUUCACAAGUGUGCAGAGGCGGGAGCCAACAUGAUUGUUUCAGGCAGCGCUGUGAUAGGCAGUGACGACCCCCGAUCUGUCAUCGCUCUCCUGCGCACGGCGGUGGUCGAAGCAAUCCAGAAACGUUCGCUGGACCGCUGAGAUGUGCUCUUUGUGACACGCUACCGGCCCACUGCAGCAACACACCACAGCAGCCAGUGGAACAGACUCAAUACGGAUAAUUCUGGGGUUGAGGUUGGGUGUCACGGUCGGAGCAGGGGCGGGCUCUCUGACGGCCUAAUCCAAAACACUUUGAUGUGAGUGAAGCUGCACCGUGCCUCUACAAAACUUUUUGAACCUGUCCUAUCACAAUCUCCUCUCUGAACAGUUAACUCAAAGUGAGUCUCAUCGCAGGAUGGGGACAACCAUUUCAAGACUGGAGCUGAGCUUACGCAGAUUUCACAUCUGUAAACAUUCCUAAAUAUUGUUUUGACUCUCACUGUAUGAAUUAAUUAUGGAAAUAAAAUGGCCCAAGGAGCACUGUACUUAGUAUAUGUUCAGUUUAGCAUGUCAUUUUUUGACUCUCAUGUACACGUUUGUUUUGUUGACAUGGACCAGCCACAGACUUCUUGCUGUACUACUGAGCAGACACACUGUACUCUUCUAAAUUCCAUGAGAUUUGGUUUUGCAGAUUAAAAUGUCUGAAGUGAAA